AUCUUAAUGAUACCUCUAUUUCCGGGUCUCCAUAAAAAGGCAUAGACUGCAAACUUUCAAGACCAAAAACCCUCAUAAAAUAUAAAAUUAGGUUUCAACUUUAAAUCUUUGAAAUAAAAUGGCUGGUAAAUUAAAGAAAAUCGUAGACGAUACCAAAGAAGGAAACAGUACAGAAUUAGAUUUGGUUGAUAAAGGCAUCGUAAACAUUCUUGAAAUUCCAGGAUUUGGUAAGUGAAAAUUCAAAUUCAAUUAAUUAAUUGAAUCCAAUUGAUUGAUACUUAUUUUAUUAGUAGUUAUAAUAAAUAAGUAACAGUUUAAAAUGCUAUUUAUGUUGUUUUCUAGCCUGUUAAAGUAGGGCAGUGUUCCAUCCACAACCGAGUAACCAAGCGCUGUUGCUGGUGUUUCAUUUUCGAUAAUCUACCACUUGAGUGUCGGCCAAGAAAAAAUCCAGCUGUUCCUGGUUGGAAGGGCUAAUUAAACAACUAUUCUUAUAUUAUUUUUAAUGACAUUGGUUGUACAUAUUCAUUCCCAUAAUAAUAGACAAUUUUUUUAAAAUAGAAAAACUAUAACAAUUUUUUUGAAAUAGAAGAUAAUGUGUGAAAAUGGAAUUAUGCAUAGUUAUCCCCCAAGUUGACAAUGAAGUUUAAAAAAAUAUAAUUACCACGAAAAUGGUUGUGGUACAUGAAUCCACGUAAAUAAGAAGGGGAAAGAUCACCGGCGCUUCUUGUGCCAAACUGUCUUUUCAGUUUAUGCUUUCUGAGCAUUCACGUUUUCCACAUUCUGUGUGUGGACAUCUGCGUUAUCUGGAUCAAAAAAAAUAAUUUGUUGUCUCUUUUUCUUCCUUGCAUUCGGUUGCUUGGCAGUAAUAAGUAUUUAAAUUUAUUAGUAUUGUGCUAUAUAACUGAGUAGGUGGCUGUGUCAAAGAAAGCAGUGCAAAAAUAGGGAGGAGAAAAGAGAGAGUUUGUUAUAAUUACUUAUCAACACAAUGAAAAUUUAGGGACAUAAUAUCACUCAGCCUAACCUGAAUGCGAAAUGUCCUAGGUGAAAGUUAGUAUCCUUAACUCAAGAAGUUAGUAUCCCUAAUUAACUAAUUAUAAAAAGUGUUGGACUGCAAUAAAGCUUUAAAAUAGAUUAAUAAGACACGAACCAAUUGUGUCAAUAUAACAAUAUAAGUUACGCUUUAAUAAUAAUUAUACAUUAUAAACAAGUAAACGUUUCGGCACAUGCCUUCAUCGGUACAAACAAAAAAACAUUUAACUAAGUAUAAAUUUAAUUUACUAUUUAAUAUAAAUAUACAUAUCCUACCUAAAAAAGAAAAAAAAUAGGAGAGGGCGCUAAAACCAGACAAAAACAAAGUAAAGAGAAGUGAAAAGGAAAUGAUCUGACCAUAAUUGUAAAAAAACAAACAGGAAAAAGACAUGGCAGUUAAUUAAAAUUAUGGAUUUGGUUUAUUCCAUAUGAAGACAACGUACCAAAUCUUGUUAUUAAUUUAUUCUCCAUAUAGAUUCUAUCUGUAGUGUUACUAGUAUAGAGCGUACUAGUAACUGCGAUGUCCGUAAUACCAUCUUGUUUAGGGCUAUUGAAAUGUUUGGAGACCAGACAGAGAGCUUGUUUAUUUAUGUUAUAGAGGUGUUCUCUGAACCGGUCUCCAAGGCGGCGACCUGUCUAUCCUAUAUAUAAUUUACCGCACUUUUUGCACCACUUGGUGCAUGACCAUAAGUAUGGCCCGUACUUGAAUGAAAUCCCAAUUUACAAUUUAAUGGAAUAUAUUUUUACACAACACUUUAUUACUGGUUCCAUUGGAAAUAAAAUUCAAAAGAUGUCAGAAAAUUUAAUUUUAAAAAAGAGAAUAGUUCACUCUAGUAAUAAUUUGUGACUAAACAAAGGGGAGUUCACUCAUCCACAGAAAUUCAGGGAACCCGUAAUGUGUAAGUUGACCGAAUGUCAUAUAGGCCUUUAAGUUACAUACUGAAUUGGUAGGAUGAAAUGAGCUCUGUUUAUAAUUGGGUUUCCGAGGAUACAAAUUAAAUUUUUUUUUUUAAUGCUCAUUUGUUAUCUUUUUUAUACUUGCCAUUUCCACCCUUUCACAGACAACACAUCAUUGUCAUCAGAUUACAAUGUAAUCUAAAACAUAUUUAAUAUAUGUCAAUGACGGCAGUGCACAGCAUGGAUAGGUGCGACCUCAGGCAUCAGUGAGUCUUACUGCAUAUUUGAGGGAUGCUAUAAAGUUGCCAUGUUCAUCCCAAAUUAUGCUUAAGGCUUAGGCUUCGUUCAUCCUUAAUUUAGGCUUGGUCAAAUGUGAGGAAGAAAAUAUUGUGCUCUUCCCAACUGGUAUUAUGCUUUUUUCGCUUAUCCCCCAACGCAACAUGGGAUUAUUAUUCAUUCAACACCAAGUUGAUAAUUUGUGUUGUUUAUAAUUUAAUUAUUCUUGAUAUGCCUUAGCCGAGUGACACACUAUGCUGCCAGCACAACUUAACAAUCUAUCAUAGUGAAAUUUAGUUGAUGAGCUGUGUUUAAAUGGAGUUGGAUUGAAGCCAUGAACAUCUGGCUACACAUGUUUUAAUAAUUUAAAUCAGUGGUUCUCAAAGUGGCAGUACCACCCUCGAGGGGGUUAUGCUGUUUCCCAGGUGUCCACUAAAAGUCUUGGGAUAUAUUAGAGGGGCGCUAGAACUCUCAAAUAGGGUGCUGGUGUUAAUAUUCAAAACACAUUUUAAAUUAUAAAUUUUAAAGAAAGAUUUAGGACUUGUAUUUGGUUUUCAUUAUCAGUAACAAAGAAGAUUCGAUGAUAAACAUUUGCCCUUUUUUCUCACAACAAAGCACACAAAAGAUAAAUGAUGUAUGAUCUAUUUUAAGAAUAGAAGUACCAUGAUGCAGCAAUGAUUAACUAUACAUUGAAAGUUAGCUAGACACUCGGCUGAAUAUAUAAAACAUGUAAAGUUUUUUAAUGAACUUUACAACUGAGCUGAAGACUAAUAACCUUGUUUUGCUAUUCUUUUAAUAAAAACAAAAGAGGUAGCUGCUCAAUGUCUUGAUUAUUAUUUGUGUAAUUUAUCACAAACUUUUGGUAUAAAUAAAUUUUAGCAUACACACGCAGUUAUUGACUAUUCUUGACACACUUUGCCGAGAAGAAUACAGUAAUUGCUGCUUCCAUGAUGUUUCUGUUUGUGAUGCUUCAUGACGUUCAUUGAAACUUUUGCCUCUCUUGCUGCUGACUCCAAACCAAAGACAUAACACAUGUCAUUUCUAAUUAGAAAUUUUUGCAAAUUUAAUGACAAUGAAUUUGAGGAUGCAGGUCUAAACUAGAAGAAAAUUUUGAGAGGCAAGGUGAUUGUCUGCUAGUACUUGGCGACCAUUUGGAAAAGCUGUAAGAAAUAUUCAGAACAAUUCUAUGAUUUUCUUUUGGUUGGGUGAAAAACAAUUUUUUAUGACUGAUGCAGAUUUUAGAGUAUGUUUAGUUUUUUCAUUCUUGGGAAAUAAAGGGCCUAUAUAUUUUGCUAAACAAUUUUAAUCAAUAUUCAUUGUUUUUAGGAGUUGUUCUAAUGAAAAACUAAAGGAUUUCUCAUUUAAGCUCUUUCAUUGCUUGCUAAACUUAUUUGAAUUUUUUUUUGUCUCUUAAUAACAGUGAAUCUGAAAAACUUGUCAAAGUUGGUUUUAGCUCACAACAAAAUCACAUGUAAGUACUUUUUUAAAAUGAUGUAUGUGUGUAUAUUAUUUGAUGUUAUUGUAGGUGAUAGAUGCUGUGCUGGUACAGUUCUGUGUUCUACUGUAACAUUGUGCAUUGAAUAAGUUAAAGAGCAAAGCUUUUGAGAACAUAAAAGACAACCAAUAUCAGUAAGGUAUAUGAGAGACAGAGCUGUAUCUAUCUGGAAAACACAAGUUAUUUUCUAAGGUGUUGUAAUAGAAAUAUUAUGGUUUCUUUGUUAAAAAAAUGAAUGUAUAUUGAUGGGGAAAAAAAAUUAUUCAUUAAUCUUUUUUGGGCUUGUAACUGCAUAAUGCAAAUAAAAAUAUGGCUUAUAUUCAUCAUCAUAGCUUGAGUCCAUUUGAAUUUUAAGCCUUGUUUAUCCUCUAUCACAGCUGUGCCUCCUAAUAUUGCCAAUUUUCUGAAUCUUGAGAUUAUUGUUUUGUUCAACAAUGCAAUUGAGGUAACAAUAAGCAAUCUUACGUUUUUCUUGUUUUUAUUUAUAUAUGAUAUUAUUUAUUAGAAAUAAACAAGCUGACCUCUGGACGAUGUGAUAAUUAGGUUAAAAUAUUAUAAUACAUUGUCAUUGUUCCUUUAUGAAAACAGUAUUUAAAUUUUAUAAAACUGCCAUUUUAUAUUUUGCUUUACUUGUGGAUGAUUUUUAUAUCCUAUUUGACUUGUCAAUUUUCCUUCUUUUCUUCAGGAGUUGCCAACAACAUUAAGCUCAAUGCCAAAGCUGAAAAUUCUAAAUGUUGGGUAAGAGAUAAGACUUUUUUAUUCUAUUACUCUGUACAGUGCUAAAAAAAUUGCAGUGCUGAGAGAUAAAGUAUGUGAAAAGGCUGUAGGCUUUACAUAUGAUAAAAUUAGUUAUGAAGAAGAUUAGAGGUUAUGAACAAUGAGAAGUAAAAAUUUACGCUGCAAUAGAUCAGAUUUCCAGUAUUAUAUGUAAGUUUGGUUUUCCGGAAUUUAAAUAUGCUUGAUCAGAAAUACACUCAAUGCUACAGUGUUAAUUUAUUUUUUAAAUGUGAAAAAUUUGUAUUUCACUACAUGAAAUCGAUCAUUGCAGCAUGAACCGACUGAGUACUCUUCCAAGAGGCUUUGGUGCAUGUCCAAUGCUGGAAGUAUUGGAUGUCACCUACAACAAUCUAAAUGAAAACAGUCUUCCUGCUAACUUCUUUUGCCUCGGUAUGUCAUAAGCAACAUAGACUUGGUGUGAAACAAAUAAUCUUUUAAAUUCCUACCUCAACAAGUACUUUGAUGGCCUUUACUGGGUUUUUUAAAAUUGUAAUCUGUAGAAGUUGUAUUAUUUUCAUCAUUAAUUUCUUCCUGUCAUUACAAACGUAUUUUCAUCCCUUUGUAAAUUAAUGCUAUGAAUAUUUGUUUGUGUAAAUGAUAUUGCAGAUACAUUGAGAGCUUUGUACAUGGGGGAUAAUGACUUUGAGUUACUGCCACCAGAAAUAGGUCGCCUUAAAAAUCUCCAGAUUGUAAGUUUCAAUAAAGAAUUCAAUUUUAAACAUUACUCUUUUUAUUUUAUUUUGUCCCUCUAUGACUAAAUGAUUCAAAUGUAGUUAAUGUUAAAUGUGCUUCCUUUAUAUGAAUAUGUAUACUGGUUAAGUGUGCAUAAGAAUACUUUGAAAAGUGUUCAAGUCUCCAAAUCAUUUACAGCCAAUCUCAAAAUAUGUCAUGUUGCCAUUUAGCUGGUGUUGAGAGACAAUGAUCUCAUUGAACUACCCAAAGAUAUUGGGGAGCUGAUCAGGCUGAGAGAGCUCCACAUCCAAGGCAAUAGAUUAACUGUCCUUCCUCCAGAAAUGGGUAUGUUCUAUAUCUUAUCAAAGAAUUAUUUCUUUUUGGUUUGGUCAGAUAUGAGCAUCAGGUUGUUUUUUUUGCUGUAGAAUAUAAGUCAUAAAUUAACAUUGAUUGGAAUUAUUUCUCACAGGCAACUUGGACCUAGUUGGGACAAAGCAGGUGUUCAAAGCUGAAAACAACCCUUGGGUGACUCCCAUAGCAGACCAGUUUCAAGUUGGUGUAUCACAUGUGUUUGAUUACAUCCGUUCUGACACAUACAAGUUGUAAGUAACAAACUAGUUGAUCAUCCUCAUGGGGCUGCUUCUAUGUUUUAGUCACUAGUGUAAUUCAGGUCAUUUUUUAAUUCUUUAUUAUUAUUUAAAUAUAUACUUUUUUGUGUGUGUUUUGCGUCUUUCUUUAUUUUGGUAUCUUGAAGAAGAGAUAUGUUACAGGAAAAUCUCAGAUGUUAAACACAUCCCCAGAUAACUAAAUUUAUUGUAGAAUACCUGUUUAAUAAAAAAAAAUCAAUGGCCUUGCCUGUUGCCAAUCCAUUUUUAUUAUUGAUUGGCAAAAAAAAAUUCUGAAAAUUUAUUUUAUUUACUCUGCAUAAUGGAUGACCUUCCCAGGAAUUUUAAUCUUAACAGCAACUUUUGGCAUUAACAAAAUAUAGGCCCCAUGGAUUUUUGAAACCAUCCUUUUAAAUUUAAAUUAAACUGAAGUUAAGCUAUUGUUAUUUUAUGAGUGUUUAAAUAAAGAAUGUUACAGUGCAGCUAAUGUAUUUUUUUUUUCCCCUAAAAGUCUGUAUGGUCGCCACAUAGCAGCAAAGGCAGCACCUCCAGCCAAGACCAAUGACAAGUCUAAGAAAAUCAGCAGGAUUAAGAAAUAAGUUAAUUUAUAGAUUUUUGUUUAGGUUAUAGUUUUUUUGGUUUUUUAAAUAAGUUUUUAAUUGGUUGCAUAGGAUAAAGUUUACUUUUAAGUCAACCUUUGAAGAAAUUUUUGUUGCUGAUUUUUAAAGUCAUUUCCUAAAGUUAAAUAUUUCUUUUAAAAUAGUGAUAAUCCCAAAUACUUAAGAGAAAUAAUUGUUCUUUACAGCUUUACAUUCUAAUUAUCUGUUAGAAAUUUUCAACUGAUGCGCUUGAUCUAAAAAGGGAUUGCAUUUAUACACAUCUAUUAUGAUUAUCACUUUUUAUUUUUUUAUAUUUCCAUAGAUGUAAGCUAACUGUACGGCUAUAUAAUUAUACACAUGUAACUUUAUAUACUGGUUUGUCAUUUUAUUGCAGCACAUUACUCAAUUUUGUUUUAUAUGAAUGGUAAUGAGUGACAAUGUAUAAUUAAUGUAAAAUUAACUUUUUUCGCAAAUACUUUUAGUUUUAUUCGUAUACAAUUGUUCUAGUUUUUGUACUAGUAAAUUUUGAUUUCUCAUUUCCAGUUGUUUAUGUAAAUAAAGCAUUUUUAAAGGCAUUGACAGUAUUCAUUAGUAACAACUUGUAAAAGGGUUUAAAGGGAGAUUGUCACAAUUCUUUUUUGUCAGAAGUCAGUUCAUGUAUUUUUCAUGUAAAGUUCUAGAUUAAUGAGCAGUAAAUAUAUAAUUUUAUUAAAAUAUAUUUCACAUCAAUAUCAAACUGUCAUUUUCCAUCACAAAAAAGUUUGUUUUUUUUUUAAAUUUUUACUAACUCAAAAUAGGCUCUUAAAUCUAUGUUAUCUAAUAAUUAAAUGUGUGCUACAACUUGCGUGUUAAUUGGAUACCUUAUCCAGCGAAGUGAAUGGCUUCUUUCAAUAUUCUACAUGAUUUUAGCUCUGUACACGUGUGUAUUUAUUUAUCAUUUAUGGCUUUAUUUCAACACAAUAUUUCCUAGUCAUUUAUACAUUGUUGAGUUUGAAAUCUCAGACAGAUACUAAAUUCAUGAUGGUAUGCAAAAGUAGUCACUUACAGGUAUGUACUUUUCAAUUAAAAAGAAAAAACUUACUGCAAAGAUAAUGCCAAACACUUAAUCAGUGUCUGAGAAUAAUUAUGUUAAAAACCUCUUUGUACUACCUUAAUCACAAUAUAUUUGAGACUUUUGGGGAAAUGAGUACUGGCUUUUGAAAAUCCUUUUUAUUUAACUUAACUUUUUGUAAAAUGUAUACCUGUAUUGCCAUAAUAAAACAUAAUAGAAAAGUUAGACUUGAGAUAGUCUUGUGAAUAUAUUAUCUUCAUAUAAUUAGGCUUGUAUAUUAUAGAUUAGUUUACUUUGUGAUAAAACAUGUCCUUUUUUUUUAAAGUGGUUUUUGUAAUUUACAAUAUGAGUCAGUAUAGAGGCUUGGUGUAUAUAACCUGCACAACUCCAGCUGUUGUUCAUCUCAUGGUGCUAUUUAUUAAUUGUGUACAUACCGUAAUAUACUAUAUUAUAUUAUGCAUAUACUGUUCUUGUUUUCACUAAAGUAUCUUGCAGGCUCCUUUAACUUCUUUAAGGCUGUCAAGUAAUGCAACUAUUUUUGCAUGUGACACUGGAUAGAUACUGCCAUUUUAAAGUUCAUCAAUCAUUUAUAGUCUAAAUUUUGCAGGAUAAAAAUGAUUUAAUCUGCUAAUUUAAAGAUUGUCUAUAGAUUUACUACUGAACAUUGUACAAGUAUUUCAAUUCUGUUUAAAUUUAUAGUUUGUUUUAUCAUUGAUAUUGGUUCUUAAAAUUGAAACAUGGUGUAUGCUUAAAUAAUACUUAUAACCAGUAUUGUACCUUAAUAAUUUGGCUUUAUUUGCAGAAAAUAAAUCAUAUUUAAUUCACAACCACAGUUUAAGUCAUUUAAAAGAUAGGAAAAUUAUCAUGUUUAUCAUGAUUACAGCCAUAUAGAGCAGGGGGGGUCAAGGUCUUUAAAAAACAACAACAAUUAUUUAGUGUUAUACUUUCAAGAGCUUCUUUGCAUUCUGGCUAGGCUUAAAUUAAUCACAACACAACUUCCUCAACGCAAUGCAAUGACAUCAUGACUUAGCAUUUCUUAAUGCACAAAAACAAUAUUGUGAUUUUUAAAUGUAAGUAGUGUUAAAUUUUUUAAAAGUUGGCAUUUUCCAUUAAUAAAUAUUUGACAAAAAUGAUUAAAUAGUGUUCUUUUUAUAUGCAAGCAAUGGAAGGUUAUUGAUAAAAAGCGGAGCAUUUAUCAUUGAUAAGAUACAUGAAGGAAACUGAAAAUACCUUUUAAAAAUAUUGUAUUUUCUUGUAAACAUGAAAUAAUUUUAAUAAAUCUAAUAAUUUUUAAUUAUUUAAAAGAUGAAGAUGUGUUGAAUAAAAUGAAAAUUAAUGAAAUCAAAAUGGCAAUACAAAAAUAACAAUACUGUAAAUUAUGUUGUUAUUAUGAGGCUACCUCUGCUACAAGUGCCAGUAGAUCUUCAAUAGAGCUAUUUGAUUAACACUAAAUCAGUAAAUUGCUUCCUAAAUUAUCUUUUUUUAACAGUUUUAAUAGAAAGUCAGGCAGUGCAUCAAUUCUUUUCUUACAUGCCCUAUGGAGCCAUGAUCAGUGCUAAAUUUGAUCUGGAAGACUUAUUAAAGUGUAAAUAAACUUCACAGUGUUCUUACUUCUGUGAUCAAAAUUUAGAAGUUAAUCAACCAACACCUUUCAUUAGCAAGAGCCGACAAUGACAUUGUAUACAACUGAAAUUCUCAUUAUGUAUAACUUAUUUGAUUUUUAAAAUAGCAGUGAAGGAUUGGCUUUCAUUAAAAUAACUUUUUAAUCA